GCCGCGGCAACCUCCACAACGCACAACAGCAUAUGCAUAGCUAGCUCUAGUGCUGCAUCCUCUCCGUCUCCAGCGUCAUCGUCCCUUUCCUUCGUUCACCUCCAGCUAGCAGCCACACGCACCACCGUCCCGUCGCGUCUCCGGCCUAGCUCGCCAGCCACCUCCGCACGUCGUCCAUCUCCCUUCAUAUAUUCAGCAAGCAAAGACAGCUUCUGACGCGUCGUCGUCCCGGCUCGAUCUGCAUUGUGCGGCGGCGCGGUGAAUAGUAGAAUUAAACCGCCGGCGGAACAAUAAGCAAACGACUAAGCAGCUACAGGCCAGGCCAACAGCACGCCCAUCGAAGACGACUAGAACGUUCGUUCGUCGGAACAAGAUAUGGUGAGCAGCAAGGGCGUCGAGCCGGUGCAGCACGCCGCCGCCGCCGCCGCCGCCGCCGGGUCGUUGCCGCUGGCGGCGCUGAACCACAUCUCCGUGGUGUGCCGGUGCCUCGAGAGCUCCCUCCGCUUCUACCGCGACGUCCUCGGCUUCGCCCCCAUCCGCCGCCCGGGCUCCUUCGACUUCGACGGCGCAUGGCUGUUCAACUACGGCAUAGGCAUUCAUCUCCUGCAAGCCGAGGAUCCGGCGAGCAUGCCCCCCAAGAAGACGGAGAUCAACCCCAAGGACAACCACGUCUCCUUUCAGUGCGAGAGCAUGGAGGCAGUGCAGCGGCGGCUCACGGAGCUGGGCAUCCGGUACGUGCAGCGGCGCGUGGAGGAGGGCGGCAUCUACGUGGACCAGCUCUUCUUCCACGACCCCGACGGCUUCAUGGUCGAGGUGUGCACCUGCGACAACCUCCCCAUCGUGCCCCUCGUUCCCGAGGACGACCAUGCCAUCCUCGGCCUGCAGCAGCCUGCAGCGCCAGCCUGCAAGCGGCGGCCAGCCGCCGCCCUGAAGCAAGCGCCGCCGCAGCAGCAGCAGCAGGCGCUUCCUGUUCCCGUGGCCGUCCCAACCCCGGCGAAGGCCAGCGGCGGCAGCUGCGUCGGCGAGGUCGAGCUCGAGGCGGCGAGCAUCCCUGGUUGCGCGAUGAGGUCUUGCCCGGAGCACGCGUGCGUGUAGCGGUGCGUGGGUCUGACAGUCUGACUGGUCGUCGAGAGACCAAGAUCGACCGGAACGCUCGCAUUUUGAAGAUCCAGUGGAGAUUGGAGAAUUUCGUUGCCAUGUUCCCCUCAAUUCGUCGUUGACGAAGCUGUAUAUGUGUACCGGCCGGGUGCGUCUUGUCCGUUCGUUAAUUAGUUUUGUUCGAUUGUUGGUGUCCUGACGCGAACUGUUGUAGCUUGCAGGCCUGCAGAGGUUAGUGGGUAGCGGCCAUCUGGUAGUGACCAACUGACCAUUGCAGGCAAAACGCAAACUGAUGAGAUCGAUCCACUGAUUGCUCUAUAGAUACUCCCCGAUGUAAUCUCUUUAGAAGACAUACAUAUCCAUGAUUAUCCAUCCAUAUAAAACGCCGCUGUGCCACUUUUUGUUUCAAACAACCUCUGCUCCACUUUAGAGCAGCUUCAAAACUGAGUGGAACAACCUCUGCUUCAAGAUGCCGCGGAAAAUGCGCUCCUGACAGCCUGUCAUAAAGUUUCCAUGGUCUCCUCUAAACUGCAAAAGAGAUCGUGUAUGGUUUCUUGAACACCAUUCCAUCAAUCCGUGCCGUAG